AAGGAGAUAACGAUAAAAUGGGUCGAAAAACAACUUUAAAGGAACUGAAAGAAGAACUUGCACUUGAAAGAGAAUGGAUGAACCUACAUAAAAAAUCCUCAGAGGGCUGGAUGGGCAUCAUCAAAGAAAUGGAAGAAAAGAAAGAGAAAGAAGUGAAUGAAGAUAACGAAUGGAAGACCAGAUAUAACUACCAGUGCAUGUACAACUCCUCUCUGCGGAGACAGAUAAAGAAGAUGAGAUCGGAGGCCCGUCAGCUACGGACCGGAGUAUCACUGGCACAGGUCAGCGCUAAAAUGGACCGCAUGUCCACAGCCAAAUGUAGACAGCACAUCAAACAUCUAAAAACCGAACUCAUAUCUCUCAGAGGACUGUGUAUGUCAAAUAACCAUCAACUGGACGAGGAGUCGGCGGCCUAUAUCAGAGCUCAUGAGGAAAUCCAGUCGAUUGUGAAUGAUGUCUGGUUUAAACAGGCGACCAAGAUAGAAGAACAAGAGAGAAUGGACAGGGCAUUGCCAACCAUAAAUGUCCAACCACGACUGGAUAGUAGCUCCAGUGUUCAAAUCAAAAAGCCGGACAAACUGCCACCAAUAACAAAAAAUCCUCUCCAGAAAAAGUCCUCUUACUUACAGAUGUAUGAAAAGUCUAAAGCCAAAAGGCACAACAACAAAGCACAACACAAAUCUGCAAAAAAGAAGGUUCAUUUCUCAGUCGAAUCGGAUCUCGUUUGAUUCCUGGACGAGGUCCCAUGUUGUAUUGGAGUUGGAGUGUUGAUGGUGUAUUACAGCCACCAAUCUUCUCAGUGGUACUCCAGGCUCAGAAAACAAGUCACUCCCCGUAUCCCACUCACGAGAAUCACGGGAGCAGUGACAAGCAUUUUUAAUGAUGAACUCCCGAUCAUUAUACACUUUUCCCCUAAAUUAUUUCCAUCUCAUAUUCUAUGGUUCAUGUUUUUUUGUCUAUGAAAUAAUGAAUCAAAAAAUUAUAUAAUAAAU